CCGGCAGCUUCCUCACGGGAGGGAGAAGGCCCUGCCAGGGCCCGCCUCAGGAGGCGACGUCUUGGAACGCAUUGCUUUUCCGGCCUGAUUGCUGAGACAUUCAUUCAAUCAACAGGAAAAUAUGAAUGAUCCUAGGCAGCCGUCACUCUUCUUCAUCACACUUCCAGAUUUACACAGACUCUGUGCUGUCAGGAUAAUAUUGAGUAAUGGGGUGGCAGAUACUGAAAUUAGGAGUACACAAAUUAAGAUGUGCAGGCAAUUGCUGCUUUUGCACCAAGAUAUUCUUACAUCACCUGUACCUGGAACAAUUAACCAAAUUUGGGUGGUGAUGGCGAUACCAUUUUAUAAAGCUGGAAAACUUAAUGCAUAUGUUGAAAACUACGGAGCUAAGGUGGAGGCCCCACAAAGAGUAAUUCCUGUGAUUCUUCAAAACUGCCUUUCAUAUUCACUCACAGCUAGACUUGCUCCAGCCUGGAAUAAAACUGGCCAUCUCUUGGUGCAAGGAAGAGAGUUUCUUUCUCAGAGGGGAAAGCAAAGUGCCAUUGUAUUAAACAUCAAUGUAACAGAAACUCAAGUUUGUCUGAGUAUAGACGCUCACACGAUCAGACUGCCACCACCUGAGCUAGCAGAAUUUGGUAUUUCUCCGAGUAUUAUAAAGGAUUUUGAUAAUCACAAGAAUGCUGUCAUUGAGGGACAUUCGAUUUUAAACAACUGGUGCUACGUUUUGCCAAGUAUGAAAAUGGGGAAGAUAGUAUGUAUUCUUCAUACUACACCCCCUGACUGUCCUUUUCACUCAUAUGAAGAUUUCCAGAUGCACUGGGAUAACCUGUAUGGCUAUAAACUUCCAGAAGAUUGUGGAGAUACUGAAAUCUACUGUAGCAUCUACUUCAAAAUGAUCGGAGGAAGGAUCUUGACAUAUCCUGUACGCCACUUGGAGCAGACGCUCUACGGCCACCUGUGAUCCAGGCUUUUCUCCUGGCCUGUCUGGUCCUUUUCAGCCUUCUCUAUGUCUAAGUGAAACUGCUUUCCUCUCUACUUCUUUGUAUCUGAGUGAGUGUUUUUGUUUUGCUUAGAACGUUCCCAUGUUUAUUUGAGGAUGAGUUUAAUAAUGAUAUUUUUCCCCUUAACACUGCUGCAACAACUUAGCAAAAGAAACGUUACAGUCGGUAGAAAAAACCUUUAUAUGAUCCCUAGCAGAAAUUGAGAAACCGAUCUUAGGAUUCUCCUUAGCCAAAGGCUCCCUCCUGUGGCACUUUGGAUAUUACUGAAAGGGUGGAAGUAAAAGAAGUAGUUGUUUAACAAAGAUUUUUCUUUUUGGAAGGUUAUUUUAUUUUACAGGCAAAAUUUGGAGGUUUUGACUCACACUUAAUGUACCCAUUGAUUUUAGAAAAUAUCUUCACAUUAUUUUUAAAAUCUGCACACAAAAAUAGCACAAGUGCUCCUGUGAAACUCUUGGGUCUUAAUACUGAUCUCAUCAUCCCUGUCUGUAUUCUGACCAGCUGGAGUUUCAACAUGGAAGAGAAAAGAGCCAUAAUGUUCUCUUUCUGUAUUCUAACCCAAACCUUAAUAUAAAAGUGAAGUUGACCCAUACCAAUUAUUCCCUUUCAUUAGAUGCCAAGUGAUUACUCUAAAUCUGCAGAAUAUUUUUCAUCAGAAAAGUAACUGCUUUUUUCAAAAAACUGCUUUUGGAGCUUGAAUAAAAUCUCCACGUGUUGUUUCUCUGUACUGAAUUUUUACUUCUUUUCGGAGAUGCAACGUGUUUAUUGUUUACUAUAAACACUUGUUUCUGUAAUCUAUAAAAGUCACAGUAGCUUUCUUAUAAGUCACUUUUGGGAUAUGUUGAUUUGCCAGUCUAUAUAGAAAGCCAUAUAAUAGGGAUGCAAUCAGUUGUCUUGAUUGUGUUAAAAUCGAGGUAAUUAAGAUCCCUGUGAGAAAACAUGCUCUUUAGCUUUGGAGUAUAAACUUGGAAUUAUUUAGCUUGAAAUAAAUAAGCAAUAAUCAAAUACUUGGGAUUUAUUUAUAUGUGCCUUUUUAACAGUUAUUAUUUUAAUGGGUUUUUUUAUGCCGUGAAAGUUGCUAUCUCUUAUAUACAAAAAAUGUUCCAUUGUUCUUUAACUUUGUUCACAUACCCUCUCAGUUGCAUCCGAAGUCAGCCCAUACAGUUCUUUCCAAGGGUAGAUUUGGGAGGUGUGUUGAAAAGUUUUCUUUCAGACUUAAAAUCUAAACUGCCUCAUAUGUGUGGAUUUCCCAUAAAGAUGACAACGAAACCAUGCUACUUCACCCAAGAACUAACUAAACCGCGUAUACAGGUGAGAGAUUUGUGUUCUGUCGGGACACACUACACACCUGUCUUACCUGGAUCUCUUGCUUCUCUGAUGGACCACCUAACCCACUGUGCUGUAAUACUUUUCUCUCGGUUCAGCGUUCCCCUAAUACAGUUUGCUAUUAUUAAGUACUUAACCAUUUGUCACUACCAGUUGUUAUUAUUAUGGUAUUUAAUGUGCUUUUGUAGUAGUACUUAUUUACUGGUCUAUUUCUUCUAAUGUAGUGUGAGCUCAUGGAGGCUAGGGAUCAUGCUCAAUCUUGUUAUCCCAAGGGCCUGAUACACAAUAAGUGUUCAUUAAAUGCCUUUUCAAUGAAUAAAUGAUCUUACAUUAUAGUUUAGAAACAUUUGCUUCCUACAAACCGAAGUUUACUUUGCACUUCUGCCACUUCGUUUGAGUCUAAUUAUUGAAAAAGUCUUUGAAUAAUUCCAUUUUUAGAAAUUAAAUUAAUUACAUUUUCAUUGUAAGAUGAUGUGCUAAGUAAAAUUUUAUGAAAAACAAGAAACAGUUGAGCAAUACUGAUGAAGAAAAUGUGGUGGCUUAUCUUCACACUCACUAGAAUGAUUUCUUUGUCAAAACAAAAUUAAGAGGAAAGUUUUUAAAGAACAAACCUAAGGAAAUUGAAUUUAAAGUUUUCCACAAUAUUCUUUCUUUGGAUUGACAAAUAAUUGUGUGUUUUCAUCAAAGGGAAGUCAAAAGUUUGAGCAGUUUGAAACAUAAUAUGAAUUCCAUGACUAUCUCCCUGUCUGCUCAGUCGCCUGCCUUUGCCCCGCUCGUCUCUGCUUAUUGCAGUUCGCACUGCGCCAGUGGUUUCAGCUCUCACGCUGCAUUGGCUCACACACGAUGCCUCAUGGCAUUUUUUCAGUUUUUGCUGCCAUGCUAAUUGUUUCACCCUCUUUAUAAUCCUUAGCUACAAUUCACCAGGGCCAGUAUGAUAGACCCCACUCAUCUUUUCAGGCCAGACCACAUCAUCUGUCACUAGCCGGCAUGUAGAUUUGGGAUCCUUGGGUCAGAGGCCAACACCUUGUACAGAUGGUGUAAAAACAUGAGAGCAUCGACGUCAGGGGCUGUAGAUGAGGCCACUUCCUUAGAAGGGAGCGUGGUGAACAGAUACCAAUUGACAUCUUUAUGAUAAUGAAUCUUAAAAUUUUUCCCAGAUACAACAUUUGUAACAGUUUAGUGGCUGGCCAAGUCCAAACCUGAGGAAUUUGGAAGAUAUGUCAUUACAUCAUGCACAGUUAUUGAAUAUAUUUAUUGAGUACUGAAUAUUUCCAGCCCAUAUCUGUUUCAGAAAUAGUGGAUCCAAACAAUAUACUUGUGAAAAUUUGCUUCUUACAUGUAAAAUAACACUUAAUUGGAAAUUCUGGUCUUUAUAUUGCUCCUAACAGCUGGAACCCUGACAAAAAUAUCUCCUACUCACUUUUAUUCUCUUCCGUGUGCCAGCUGCUUUUUUGUGUAUCAUCUCAUUUAAUUGUCAAA